AUGAGUAACCGUAAUGUAUUUGUGAUGAUACCGUUUACUAUAAUACUGCUUUAUUGUGACAUUAUGGUGUCGGUAGAGGAUCGCGCCAAGGAUAAUGGUGACAUUUUUGUGCAGCACAGGGAGCAGCGAGAAUGUGUUGCGCCAAUUAUGGUGCACGCCAAUGGCAGCAACAGCAGCGAGGACAUGGAUGUGGCGCAUAUAUGCAAUAAUAGUUUUUCCAUACCAAGCGAUUAUAUUGUGCAAUUCAAUAGGAAUGGCGACCUGCCUGAAACAGUUGACAAAACCGGCAUGUGUUUCAUACGCUGCUACUUUGAAAAGGCAGGGUUGAUUAAAAACUGGCAAUUAAAUAAGGACUUGAUAAUGCAAACUAUGUGGCCGAUAAAAGCCGAUUCAAUUGCGUUUUGUGAGCCAGAAGAAAAACAAGAAAUGAACGCUUGUGUACGUAGUUAUGCCAUCGCAAAAUGUUUGAUGAAACGUGGUUUUCAAGAUACCUGCAACGAUACUGUUGCCUAAAAUAGAUUUUAAGUUUAUUAGAAACUUAAAAACUUUAAUUUAUUAAUCGCAAUGUAAUGCAAUAAAAACUUUGCUUAGU